UUUCUGCGACGGGCUGACGCACAGGGCGACUGUUGCCUCGCAGACUCGCAUCUUCCUAAAUUAAUCAUCAUAAACAAACAUAAACAUGUCCACUGCUAUGAAUUUCGGGUCGAAGAGCUUUAAACCUCGGGCUCCUGAUAAAGGCUCUUUCCCACUGGAUCAUUUUGGAGAGUGUAAAGACUUCAAGGAGACGUUCAUGAAGUGUCUGAGAGACAACAACUUCAACAACUCCCAGUGCCGACUACAGUCCAAAGACUACCUGGAAUGCCGGAUGAACCAUCAGCUGAUGGCCCAGGAGCCCCUGGAAAAACUGGGAUUCAGGGACCUUAUGGAUCCUCCUCCCAACCAAGCAGACAAAGACGCUAAACCCUGACCUGCUACAACACCACAGCUACUGCUUCCAACAUGGAGGGAUGGUGUUGCUCUGAACUUAUCAUUAUCUUGCAAUUUGUUGGAAAAAAAACAUCACAACACAAGUCCCACAAAAGCAUAUUAUAAGAAGACUUUGAGGAUCCUGCUGACUUUGAGUGGAGAACAUACAUUUUCCUCAAGAGCAGGUCUGACUGAAGACAUGAGGUUACAACAUCCAACCUUUGACCUCAUUUUAUCCAUCACGUGUGUACAUAAAAUACAAAUGUCUAAUAUAUGAAGAUGCUGUUUUGGCAUGUUAAUAAAUCUUUUAUAUUUAAACUAAA